AUGCGCUUCUUCGUGGCACUGCAGGCGGGCAUCGGUGCGGAGACAGCGGUGGCCGCUGCCGGGAAGCCGGAGAGGAGGACGUUCCGCAAGUUCACCUACCGCGGCGUGGACCUCGAGGCUCUCCUCGACAUGUCCACCGACGACCUCGUCCAGCUCCUCCACGCCCGCGGCCGCAGAAAGUACAAGAGGGGGCUGAGCAGGAAGGCCUUGGCGCUCAUGGUGAAGCUGCGCAAGGCGAAAAGGGAGGCACCUGCUGGUGAGAAGCCAAAAGCUGUGAGGACUCAUCUGCGCAACAUAAUCAUCGUGCCAGAGAUGAUAGGCAGCAUAAUUUCAGUGUACAAUGGGAAAUUCGUCAUCCAGAUUGAGAUCAAGCCUGAGAUGAUUGGCCACUACCUCGGCGAGUUCUCCUUUACCUACAAGCCUGUCAAGCACGGAAGGCCCGGUAUCGGCGCCACCCACUCCUCAAGGUUCAUUCCUCUCAAGUGAAGGAUCCUGCGGCACUUCCCACGCCGAAGCUUUUCCUGGAUUUGUGAUCAUCUGUUUUGUC